AUGCUACCCAAAUCCCGCCACCGCCGACCCCACCGCACCGCCUUCUUCAACCUCUCAAGCAACAAAGUCUAUCUCCUCAACCUUCCUGAAGCUUCAUCUCACGGCAAGCGCUGCUGCGGCUCUUCCCACGGCUGGCUCGUAAUUCUCGACGAAACCCCCUCCGUCCUCCUCCUCAACCCCCUAACCCGAUCGAAAUUCCACCUCCCUCCAAUCUCCACCUUCCCCAACGUCGUCCGCUUCGCUUACUCCGAAAUCGGCCGAGAAUACGCCCUUCGAUCCCCCACCGGCGAGUCCUACACCCUAAAUCUGAGGCAAAUCCGAGACUCCUUCGUCAAGAAAGUAGUCCUCUCAUCCAGCCCUAAAAAAUCAAACGGUUUCGUCGCUUUAGCCAUACUCAACCAAACAGGGGAUUUGGCAUUCUGUAAAGACGGUGACCAAGCAUGGACUUUCAUCGAGGGUGCAUCCUCUUACAGUGAGGAUGUCAUACACUAUAACGGCUCGUUUUACGCGGUGAACAAAUACGGCGUCGUUGCGGUAUGCGACGUUGGUGGGUCGUCACCCAGCGUUUCGAUCAUCGAAACGCCGAGACAACUCGGCGCCGAUAUGCAGUAUUUGGUGAGUUCCAAGGAUGGUUUGGUUUUGGUUUCUCGGUACUUGGAACUUGAUCAUGAUAACUCGGAGGAACUUUAUCGAACGGUGGGAUUCGACGUUUUCAGAUUGGAUUGGAGUGAAGAACCCAAGUGGGAGAAAGUUACCGACUUGGGAGAUCAAAUGUUGUUUAUUGGGCAAAACUCGUCGUUGUCUUUAUCGGCUUCUGGUUUUCCAGGCUGUGUUGGAAAUUGCAUAUAUUUCACAGACGAUUACUCUGAGCUCAACUACGAGAGUGUGUUUGGGGAAUGUGAUUCUGGUAUUUUUCGUUUAUGUGAUGGAACCAUUGAAGGGAAAUGGAACUCCCAUUGUACUGAUUAUUGGCCUACUCCCAUUUGGGUUUCGCCAAAUCCUUAUUAA